AGAAAAUCGAGGGGAUCCAGGCCCUUCCUCAUUCCUUGACAUUUUAUCUCAAGCCGAUUGGUUUCAUCCUGACACUUCUUUAACAUCGCAUUCUUCCAUUCCCUGCCCCAGACCGCGCCAGCCAGCGGUCUUUCAGAAUGCAGUGGAUCCAAAGCAUCGCUAUCGCACUCUCCAUAUUCGUCGGCGCCAAGGCUUUGCAGCUAAGCGUUGACGACAGUUCCUCCCGUGCGUGCGUCGAAGGGUAUGGAACACCGUACACAUGGGUGAGCAGUGACAGCACGACAUGCCAAUGGUACGCUGAUGAAAAAGCGUGCACUUCAUCUGGAGGCUACGGACCCGGGUGGAGGUCGUGGUAUGGCACGUUUCAGAAUUGGGCGGUCAAUGGGGUUGACGCCUCGAUGGCAUGCUGCCAAUGCGGCGGGGGCAUGAUCUCCACUGCCACUCCCAGUCCGACGCCCUCCCCGACGCCCUCCCCGACGGCCGCCCCGACGGCCGACCCGACGCCCUAUCCCACGGCUGCCCCGACGCCAUUGCCGACGCAGCCUCCUGCAGCUCCGACGACGGGCGCAGCUGGAGUGGCCGGAACUGGAGGUCCUGUUGGAGUGGCCGGGAUUGGGGGUCCCGUCUCUGCCACUGGUGAUCCCCAUCUUCAGAAUGUCCAUGGCGAGCGGUUCGAUGUGAUGAUGCCUGGCAAGCACGUCUUGAUCAACAUUCCACGGGGAGCUGCUGUUGAGAAGGCGAUGCUUCGCGUAGAGGCCGACGCACGUCGACUGGGUGGUCAAUGCGCAGACAUGUACUUUCAGGAGCUGAACAUCACAGGGGAAUGGGCGGAGGCGAGACAGCCAGGCGGCCUCCAGUUCCGCGCUCAGGGUCAGAGUGACGACGGACCUCCAGAUUGGGUAGCCUUCGGGAAGGUAGAGCUGAAAGUUGUCCAUGGCCGCACACAUCAAGGUGCCCAGUAUCUGAACUUCUACGUCAAACACCUUGGUCGUUCUGGCUUUGUAGUCGGAGGGCUACUAGGGGAAGAUGAUCACACGGAGGCAGCGACGCCUUCGGAGGCAUGUGUUCAGAGCAUUUCCCUACUUGGAGGUCUGAGUGAUCAAAGUGUAUCCGUCUUCUCCAUUGCGGAAGCAAGCUUCGCAUGAAGGCAUGAGGUCGUUGACGGCGACGUGUCAGGAUCUUUUUUUUACGUCCUGACAGUUUUAACGGCUCCUUCUCCCGCUAAUAACAAACAAGUGGAAGUCAUGGCACCGCAGGCCUGUAUCAGUUGUGCCA